UUGACACCAACUUCUUUAGCAGAACAACAAAUAGACGAUCAGUGGCGAAAAUUGCCGAAACUGAAGAAAGAUUUGGAUACAAGCCAACAACCCGAUAUAUUUUGGCACAAGGUUAAGCAGUUUGAAGAGUUCAGUUUGGUUGCCCAGUUUAUGCUGAACAUUUUGGCUCUUCCGAAUUCUAACGCAGAGUGUGAAAGGGUGUUCAGCCCAAUAAAUGACACAAGAACUAAGAACAGAAAUAGAUUAAUUACAGAAACAAUUAAGGGCAACAUGUUGGCAAAACAGGCCAUUUGUCGUCAUGGCGGCAACUGUGUAAAUUUUCUGCCAACUGACAAGAUGCUAAAAUCUUUUACCUCUGAAAUUUACAAAAAAUGGGAGGCAAUCGACAGUGACAGUGAUUAA